AUGAGCUUCCACACUACCCCGGCAGAGCUUAGCUCAGAAGAAAAGCUCGACUCGCUUCCGGAACUCGGGAAGACCGCAAGAGAGGGCGCCGAAGCAGAGUCUUUGAAACGCCAUCUAACCCCCCGCCAGGUGCAAAUGAUUGCUGUUGGGGGCUCCAUUGGUACCGCACUAUUUAUCACGAUCGGGCGAGGAGUGAUGCAAGGGGCCGGCAGCUUGCUCGUUGGCUUCGUUCUUCAUGCGAUCGUAAUGGCCCAGGUCAACAACGCGUUGGCUGAAAUGACCGUGUUCAUGCCCGUCAGCGCCGCCUUUAUCCAGCACGCCAGCACCUGGGUUGACCAGGCUUGGGGCUUCAUGGUAGGGUGGAACUUCUGCCUCUUCGAGGGCCUGUUGAUCCCCUUCGAGAUUACCGCACUCAAUAUGGUCCUGACCUACUGGCGCAAUGAUAUCCCAUCAGCCGCAGUAAUCUCGGUCACCAUCCUGCUAUACCUGAUAACCAACGUCUUUGCAGUGAAAUACUUCGGGGAGGCCGAAUUCUGGCUCUCCAGCGGCAAGCUCUUACUCAUCCUCAUUCUAUACCUCUUUACCUUCGUCACCAUGGUAGGCGGCAAUCCCCAGCACGAUGCUUAUGGAUUUCGAAAUUGGACACAACCGAGCCCCUUUGUCGAGCACUUAUCUUCAGGAAGCCUCGGGCGAUUUCAAGGGGUCCUUGUGGCCAUCUGGCAGGCUGCUUUUACAAUCGCGGGUCCAGAAUAUCUGGCAGCUGUGGCAGGCGAGACGAAGGCACCUCGGAAGACGUUGCGAGCGGCAUUCAAAUCAGUCUACUGGCGCUUUGGCGCCUUUUUCAUUGGAGGCGCCCUCUGUGCGGGCAUCGUAUGCCCAGCUAACGACCCGAAGCUUCUGCAGUUGCUGGCUUCCGGUGAGACAAGCGGAGCGUCAUCACCCUUUGUAAUUGCCAUGACGAACUUGAAAAUUGAAGGCUUGCCACAUGUCGUCAAUGCGCUCUUUGUGACUACCAUUUACUCAGCCGGGGAUGCAUGUGUUUAUACUACCUCGCGCAGUUUGGUAGGCUUAGCAGAAAAUGGCCAUGCGCCACAGCUUUUGCGGAGAUGCACGAAGAAUGGAGUCCCAGUAUACGGGCUCAUAGUGGCGCUCACCUUUGCCUGUUUUGCAUAUUUGCAACUUGGCAGCGGCUCUGCUGUAAUUUUGAGCUGGCUAACGAACCUCAUCACGGGGGGAACGCUGAUAACAUAUAUAACCAUAUGUGUGAACUAUCUCUUCUUUUACCGGGCCCUCAACCGGCAGGGGUACAGCCGCGCGGAGCUACCGUACUGCGGGUGGUUUCAGCCCUGGGGCACCUGGAUUGCCCUAACUUGGCUUGUUAGCGUGGAGGUUCUGUGUGGGUACGAAGUCUUCUUGACGGGGAAAUGGGACGUAGGAUCCUUUUUUAGCCAUUAUACCAUGGCAUUUCUCGCUGUUGCUACCUUCUGCGGGUGGAAAAUUGGGAAUCGCACUCGGUCUGUGGCGCCAGAGGAAGCAGAUCUUGUUUGGGCCCGGCCGUCCAUCGAUCAUCAUGAGUUGAUGCUGGACCAGGGAAACGGCGGCAGCUUCGACCAGUGGCUAACGCAGAAGCUGAAAUUAUUUCCGUUGCAAGGAUCACCAAUUGAUCCGGGCCAAGUGUAA